GGAAUCCGGAUAUGAUGAAAAAUGUUUCAGACCUGAGUAAACUUAGCGCAACUGCGCGCCCAAGGCGUCAGUAGGAUAAGAGCGUCAAAAACUCAUCUGGGAUAUUUAGGACUGUGAACUUUUUAAGAGUUAACAUUGGAAAAGUUUCUCGUCUGUAAAGCCAUUCUUCAAGUUUUAUUUUUACUGCCUGACUUUUUUGAGGAAACAGUUGAAGGAAGGAUGGGAAUAAGUCAGAUCUGAAGUGAGGGAGUUGUCAUGUUUGAAAGGACUGAGGGCUGAAGGGAGAGGGAAAAAAAGGGAGGAACUACUUCUGCUGCUUCUGGUGGUUUCUAUAUUUUUUUUCUCCUCUGGAAGAGGACGUCUGUCUCAUGUCCAAGGAGACUGUCCAUCCAUCAGAAUGGCCGGUGGGGCCAGGACAGGGCCCCCGGCAAGAGACUAGUCCCCUGCUGUCAGGGUCGCACGAUGCUUGUGACAGUGAAUCAUCAGGAAGAGCGCCGUGCCCCAAGAAACCACCAGCUGAAGGACAAAAUCACGUGACAGAAGAGAAGGAUCAUUAUUACAAGCCUGUGAGGACCCAACCGCAGUCUCUGUCUGAUCCAAAGCCAGCGUCUUCCGAGGAGACAGAGGGAGAUGCUGCCAAGGACCAAAAUGGCAUCCACCACAAGAGCUCGGGCACGCCCACGGUGACCAGUGCCAACGGAAUCCACUCCGGCGUCGGUACUCCUGAGGGCACUAGGACGUGCACCUGCGGCGCCAGCAUUGGGACUAGCAAAACUGGCGGGUCAGGCCCCGGACACAAAACGGCAACAACCGCACCAAAGACAGAGCAGCCCAGAAGGCAGCCGUCCACUCCCGUGUCUCACAGGGUGCAGAGGAAGCUGAAGUCUAGCUUGUCAGUCAACAGUGACAGCAGCAGAAGGAGCAAAGGCAGCUCCACAGGCUCACAGAAACCUCCUUUACCAGAGGAUUGCUGCGUUCACUGCAUCCUCGCCUGCCUCUUCUGUGAGUUCCUCACACUCUGCAACAUGGUGGUGGCCCAGGCUUCCUGCGGCGCGUGCACUUCAGAGGCCUGCUGCUGCUGCUGCUGCGCCGACGACAUGGGUGACGACUGCAACUGCCCCUGUGACAUGGACUGUGGCAUCAUGGACGCCUGCUGCGAGUCGUCCGAUUGUCUGGAAAUCUGCAUGGAGUGCUGUGGCAUCUGCUUCCCCACAUAGGCUGGGGGAUUUGGUGGCGGACUUUGAUUUGGUGGAUUUGAUCCAUCUGGAAAAGUAUAAACAGGUGCAUCUCAAUAAAUAAUCAUCAAAUGAUUCUUUUAUUUUGAUAAUUCAGUUUAGAAAGUGCAAUUGUUGUUUUUCUUAUUGUUUAUUGAAAUAUAUUAUAGCUGGUUGAAAAGUUUUUUUCUUAGAAAAAGUUUCAUGAAAAAUUGAAAUCUUAGACAUUUAAAAAGGAAUUUAAAAUAGAAGUUAUGUUAUUGUCUGCAUAACUAAGAAGGUUGAUAACAUGACCCAUAUUCCCAACAGACUGUACGUUACCUCCCACCUGAUUGCUGUGUCCAAGUGUAUCAAUGGAAGAUUUAGUGGAAG